AUGGUGGACUUGACACUUAGGCUCUGGUGGCCCGACCAGCCACAACCCCAUGGAAUUACAACCUGCGAUGAGAUCGGUAGUGAUUUCAUCAGCAGGCUCCCAGAUGCCAUCCUCAGCACCAUCAUCUCCCUCCUCCCCAUCAAGGAUGGCGGCCGCACGCCGGUCCUCUCCCCCCGAUGGCGCCAGCUCUGGCGCUCCACACACCUCAAUCUCGAGGUCCGCAACCCACCCCGUGGCUACCCCGUCUCCUCCACCGCCGUCACCCCCGCCGCUGCCUCCAAGAUAAUUUCCCAACACCUUGUCACCGCCCGUCGAUUCUCCUUCCAGUGCCUCCUGGAAGGUGACCUAUACACCCAGUUGGAUAGUUGGUUCCACUCCCAAGCCCUUGCCAGACUCCAAGAUCUCGAUAUCAGCUACCUAUGCCCUCAUCAACGUUCUGAGCCGAGAAACCCGCUGCCACCAUCCUUAUUCCGCUCUGCAUCCACCCUCCUCGUUGCCAAGUUCAGCUAUUGUGAUUUCCCUGAUGAGGUCUUGCCUUCCAUGAACUUUCCCCUCCUCAAGCAACUCUCCUUGGUAAAAAUUAGAGCUGGUGAUCGAGGAUGCUCCUUGCCUUGUAAGGAUAUACUAUUACCUUUUAGUUGCUACGAUGAUGAUUGUGUUACUAUCCGGGUAAUUAGGGCGCCUAAACUAGAGAUAUUGGGCCCUUUGUUACCUGUAGUCUCCAAGCUCGUCCCCCAGGGAAUAAGCCCAGUUAUCUCGGCAAACUGGAUGCGCACCGUGAAGGUUUUUUGUCUCAGGUCUUCUGGCCUUGAAUUGGACGCAGUUCUUAACAUCCUCAGGUGGUUUCCCUAUCUGGAAAAGCUCUACAUCAUUUUUCAAAAACACAAUGAGAAGGAUAAGAAAAAUCAUCCUCAAUAUGACCCUUUAUAUCCAAUCGAAUGCCUUCAGACCCGUCUAAAAAAAGUGGUGUUUAAGGCAUUCAUAGGCUAUGAGAAACAGGUUAGCUUUGCGAGGUUCUUUGUUUUGCAUGCAAAAGCCCUCAAAAAAGUUGAAUUUGAAGUAUAUGGCGAGUGCAACACUCUAUCGGUGGCUUAUCAUCACACACUGCUAAAAGUGGAAAACAGAGCUUCUCGGGAUGCUCAGUUUGAAUUCAGGAGCAACCAUCGUCGUACUGAGUAUGAUGCACAUAUCCAUGAUUUGUCCGUGGCCGACCCCUUCGGAUAGCUGUAGACAGGGUUGAUUCCUGAAGAUUGCACCGUCUUAGUGUCUUGUGCUCAUUCUGUAGAUGAAGUUGAUGCGUGGAGAUUACAUUGUCUUCUAGAUGAGUGUGCUCAAUUCUAGUUUAAAGUUCCUCUGUAAUUCCGGUACUUAUGAAGUUACCCCUGUUAAAACUGCAAAAGAUGUUUUCGGAUUCAAAUAAUAGUGCAAUAUGUAGAAGUUAAAAUGGUUUGUAACCAGGAGGGAGCUGGUAACCCCUAUUACCUUGUGAAUUUGUGGCUUUGUUCUGCCUAA